UUUCUUAAGAUCAGUCAUUCUGUCUGCACAGGGCUGGAGGUGGGUAGGCUGAGCAUGGCCCAUUCUUUGGAAGGUAGUGUAAUUCUACAUUUUCCCAGGGUCAGGUAUGUCAUCCCUGAUGCCCCUUCUCCCCCACCUCCUGCAGAGUGGCUGUCUUUGCUCUGUCUCCUCCAAGCCUCUUUCCCCUGGUUGGAAGAGAGUGGGAUGGAACAGUGUAGGAUGAGGACAAGGACGAUGGGAGGUAGUGGAGGGAGGAGGCAGGAGGCUCCUACAGCCUGCAAUAAGUUCUGAAUCCAGUCUAGAUCGAAUUGUCCUGGGGUGAAGAAAUGAGAAGAAUUUCUUGGAAGAAACAGCUGCAGCUUACUUGCCUGUAGUUGGGCUAUUUGACAUUUGGUGAAAUUCUAAGUGUCAAUCUGCCUACUUGUGUUCAACAAAAUUGGUUUUAUAAAGGAGGGUUUCUUGAUUCAACUUAAGUACCAGGUGAAAGGUUAUGUGUUAUAAUGUAAAAAUACAUAAUCAAGUUUAAAUAAAUAAAGGAAAAUGUAUCAGACAUUUCGGAAAUGUCAUGAGGUUUGUGUGUCAUGUAUUGGUUUUUAGGCAAGGAAUUGUCCAGUAAAUGUUGAGUUCUUUCACUGAAGUGCUUGUCUUUAGGCUGUCCUCUCUGUGAAGCCCCUGAUGCAGACCUGUGUGGACAAUAGUGCUUUCCUUGGAUGCACGGCAGUGUGUCAUUGUGGCCUGACUGCUUAUCCUGGAAUAGGUCCUGGCCCGCCUGAAGGGGUGAAACCCUUUGAGAAGGCAUACGGGAAGCUCUGUGUGACCAGUCUUAAAACCAAUCUGUGUUAAGGAGAAAAUGGAAAUGUGUUCCUGUGUUGCAACACCGUUGGUUAUAGUAGGAAUUUUCGUAGAUGGCUGAAAACCACUUACCCAAGUACUUUGACUAGUGAAGCUGCUGGGUCUGCUUCCUCUGCCAUCUCAAUUGUUAAACAUAUAAAUGAUGUCCCAGAUUUGCAUCCUCACAACUAACGUGGCUGUUGGCCAGAUUGGAAAUUUCUUGGCUUAUACGGCGGUCCCCACAGUCCUGGUGACUCCCUUGGGUGCCCUCGGAGUGCCAUUUGGGUCCAUUUUAGCUUCUUAUCUUCUGAAGGAAAAGCUCAACAUUUUGGGCAAAUUGGGGUGUCUGCUAAGCUGUGCGGGUUCUGUCGUGCUGAUUAUCCACUCCCCCAAAUCUGAGAGUGUGACGACUCAGGCUGAGCUGGAGGAGAAGCUGACCAAUCCAGCGUUUGUGGGCUACCUGUGCAUCGUGCUGCUCAUGCUGCUACUGCUUAUCUUCUGGAUCGCACCAGCCCACGGGCCCACCAACAUCAUGGUCUACAUCAGCAUUUGCUCGUUGCUGGGCAGCUUCACCGUGCCUUCCACCAAGGGCAUUGGGCUGGCGGCCCAGGAUAUCUUCCAUAACAACCCAUCUAGUCAGAGAGCCCUCUGCCUGUGCCUGGUGCUCCUGGCUGUGCUGGGCUGCAGCAUCAUCGUCCAGUUCAGGUACAUCAACAAGGCACUGGAGUGCUUUGACUCCUCAGUGUUCGGGGCCAUCUACUACGUCGUGUUCACCACGCUGGUCCUGUUGGCCUCCGCCAUCCUGUUCCGGGAGUGGAGCAACGUGGGCCUGGUGGACUUCUUGGGGAUGGCCUGCGGGUUCACGACUGUCUCUGUCGGGAUUGUCCUUAUACAGGUGUUCAAAGAGUUCAAUUUCAACAUUGGGGAGAUGAACAAAUCUAAUAUGAAAACAGACUAGGAUGAAGCAGGGUGUUGGGUGGCUUGAGGAACAGGAAAUGGAUAUGGUUUCUGGUUCUAAUUUGAUGUGAAGUGGAAGAGAUCCCCGUAAUGAGUGAUCUGGUGAACGGAUGCCCACACCCUAAAGCCACUUGCAGCAGAGCACUGCUCAGCAGCACGGUGGGGUCCCAGCCCUCUGGAGCCUGGAGUUGCUGAAAGAUUGCCUGGGUGUCAUCUCUCUAAUGAGCAGAAUCUCAUUUUCAUUGUCGUUAACCUGGAAGCUUUCAUGAAUACUCUUUUCUUUUAAAGCAUUUUAACAUGAUUUAAACGGAAAGUAAAGAUGGGCUCUUUCUGGUUAGUUUUUGUAAAGGAACAGAUAUUCUUACUUAAAUUACUUUGGAAAUGGGGCGUUGUUUUGAAAUCUGAUUCUGUACAGUAAAUUCUCUGGUAGUUGUGUUAUUUUGCAUUGAGCAUGUAUAACAUUCAGGUCUUAGUUAUCUAGUGCUGCUAUAACAGAAAUACCAAAAGUGGAUGGCUUUAACAAACAAAUUUGUUUUCUCACAGUUUAGGAGGCUGGAAGUCCAAAGUCAGGGUGCCAGCUCUCAGGGGAGGCUUCCUCUCUCUGUUGGCUCUGGGGAAAGGUCUUUCUCCGGCUUCUGUUUCCUGGUUCCUUGGAGAUCUCCAUGUGGCUUAACAUCUAUCUUCCUCCAUCUCUGGAAACCCUGGUGGUGUAGUGGUCAAGUGCUACAGCUGCUAACCAAGAGGUCGGUGGUUCAGAUCCACCAGGCUCUCCUUGGAAACUCUAUGGGGCAGUUCUGUUCUGUCCUCUAGGGUCGCUGUGAGUCGGAAUUGACUCGACGGCAGUGGGUUUAGUCUGGUUUGGGUUUCCACCAUCUCUGCUUGCUUAAUCUACUCCUUUUACAUUUUGUAAGACACACCCUGUACUAAUCCUGCCUCAUUAGCAUAACAAAGACAACCUAUUCCCAAAUGGGAUUAUAACCACAGGUUUAGGGGUUAGGAUUUAUAACACAUAUUUUGGGGGGACCAAUUCAAGCCAUAACAGGUACUUAUCCAAAUAAGAGGUACACAUUUGUUUUUAAUUCUCUAAACGAGUUGGACCCCUCCGCCCCAUCCUGAAGCCAUUUUAAUAGCAAAUAGAGAAGAGCGGUUGCACGUGAUUGAGUGUCCGUUUAUGGGUGACUUUAUCAGUAGCUCAAAUCAGUGUCAGUGCCUUUAUCACUUGAACUCUUGGCUUAAUUUGAUUAUUACUGUGUGUAUGUUCUCUUAGGAAACCAAAAGGCCAGCAGUUCAGAUCCACCAGGCGCUCCGUGGAAGCUCUGUGGGGCAGUUCUACCCCGUCCUGUAGGGUUGCCAUGAGUCAGAAUCCACUCGACAGCAACGGGUUUGGUUUUUAUGUUUUGGUGCGUAUGUUUUCCUAGAUUAGAGUAGUGCAGCUUCCUUGAUUAUGCUUUCGUAUUUCAGUGUUUAAACUAUAAAUGUGUACAGCAGUUAGAAAUAAUAGUAUAUUCUUUGGAAGACAGUUGAGACUACAGGCACGUUAGAGCAAGCUGAAUCUUUUGGCAUGUGUUGUCCGAUGAAAGCGUUGGUUUAAGGAGCGUGAGGCAUUUUAUUUGCAUUCAGUCUAUGUAACUGGGAUCCAGUUCUCUUUUAGCAAGCACUGUGGCUUUUGAUUAGAUGACCAUUCAGAAGAAAUAAAUAAUCUAACUUGAUAAUAACGCUGUUAAAUGAGAGAGUAACAGUUAACUCGCACAUAUAUCGACUUCUCUGUCAGGAGGCCAAGUCAAUACAGGACCUAGUUAAAGGACCCAAUUAGGCGUAAUCUAGUUUCUACAGAUUGGUACAUAGCUUUGAUGGUGUCCUUUUUGCCUAGAAAAUGCAUUCACUUUGAGAGUGAUUUUUCCAAAGAAUUUCUAGCAAAACUGAGAACAAUUUAGCCAUUUCCUUGUUUGUGAUGACAAAACAUCCUACAAUUGCUCACUCAAACUCUCACUAAACUUCCUAAAUGCAAGAUAACAUUAUUCUGUCCAUGGUAACCUUCCAUGUGCACGAAGUGAUGCAGUAUUUCACCUAUUUCACGUGCCAUAUUUUAUCUGAAUAGGGAACUGUGCUAAACUGAAAGAUGGGAUUGGGUAGAUUAUCAUGAAGUAGAACAUGAAAUCUAAUAAAAUCCAACUAAAGUUAUUUGCUAAGGAAAAGAAUGCAUUUUCUAGGCAAAAAGAACAUUUCUAAAGACUCUAUAUUUCCCUAAAGUGUUGAACAAAGAAGCUAAACAAGAUGAGAAUAGUUUAAUACAGAGCAAGAAAUACCUUUAUGAAUUAGAACCACAUGUAGUAAUCAUGGGUUGUCAGUGAUUUGUGCCUAAUGGCAACAACAAAAUUAUUUGAAAAGAAUUUUAAAUCUUACGUUAACUGAUAGUUAAUAAACACCCAAAGUGUUCAUUAAUAUUCUUACCAGUUCCUGAAGGCUUGCUUUUAAUCAUCGGUAUUUUUAGGAAUGCAGGACUUGAUUUAUUGAACUGAACUUUAUAAAAAUAUAGUGUAGCAAUAUCAAAUAUCCUUUUAGUAGGCAUAAGAAUAAUUUUCUAGGUAAGAAUUUUGAGAUAAUCAAAAAUACACAUGGCUAUACAAGUAUAAUGAGAAAGUUCAUGUGUCUUCUUAUGGAAAUUAUCAUUUUAAGUUUGAUAGAACUUAUAUGUGAAGCUUAGUGUAAAUGCAUCUACAGUGUGCUUAUUAUAUUUUAAUUCACAGUUACACCCUGGAUACUAAGAGGUGAUUUUUCUGGAUGACCCUUCCUGUGAUUUUUUUAGAGUAAAAGAAAAUCCCAGAGUAUUACUAGCUCUUCUCUUAUUAAGGGUGACUGGUCCCAAGCACAGUUAGGCCCUCCUAGACUUACACUGUUCAGCAAAUUAUAUCGCUAAGGUGUGGUUUUCUUCCAGUGGAACAAAGUUCACAUCGUUCAUUGUGUUUCAAGUUUGUGACACUAGCCUCAGAGUAAUUAGUAUGACUAGAUAAUCAAGCUUCACAUAGAGCAUAUAACUUCUGAUUUGAAUGGUACUUAUUUUAUAAAUUCAUGUUUUCAUAAUUCAUUUGGAAGUGUAAAGAAAAAUAUAAAAGUGAAGGCUGAAAGAAUUUACAGUUCUAACUAAAACCUUCCUAAUGAGAGCUUUGGGGGAGGGCCUAGAAUGAGAAACCAAUACAUGUGAAAUGUUUGCAUUAUUACACUGGUUUUUGAAUUUUAUCUCUAAACCUGAGAGCAAAAUAUCUAGUGUAAAAGCUUCCUCUAAACAUCAUGUUUUUUAUAACAAUUUACUGUGGAUAUUUUAAAUAGGCCACUUCUCCUUCUCCUACUUGGACGAUGCCUUGUUUCCUCAUCUGAAUCUUUGCAUUUAAAGAUUGCUUCCCGUUCUGCUCGUUAGUCCAGCGUUGGAGCUGAGAGAUCACCUGGAACGUUUUGCUGUUCUGACUGACCCCUCCGUCUUUGGGAGAAGGUUCCCUGGAGGAAGGGUGUCUAACCCUGGCGCACUAGUGGUCUUGCUCAUCACUCACAUUGUAAUUUUGGUGGUCCUUCCUCAUGGAAUAUUAGUGAAAUCUACUUUGCUGCUCUUUGUACAGCAAUAAGAAAUAUUCUUUCAAUUCUUACUUUCAAGCCAAUUUGUUAUACUCAUUAUUCAUCCCAGCAGCAAUAUAUUGGUCUUUGGGUUUCAAGAGAGCACUAUUAAAAUGUGCAGUCAUCUUUCAGCUUCCUUAUUCCUCUUUGUUCCCAGAUCCCUGGAAAGCACUGGAGAUGCAGCGUCUCUCAGGUGUGGACGAGCUGUUCGAUCCACUGACGCAGAUUGUUGAUAAGCACAGUCCCCACUGUGGUACAUAGUUCUUGCUGGGCGAUCCCUCGCUUUUCCAAGCUGGUCAAUUAGUUCUAAAGAGCUGGGGAGAAUGCUCUGAUGGUUUACAAAGCCACACACGUCACAUUUUCUCAGACACUUACCUGAUCCUGACUUUGGCUUCCUGUAACUGAGUAGGAAAAUAGGGAAUAACAGUUAAGUUUAAAAUCUUUUCAAGACUGUGGAUUAGCGUUAGUGGUCUGAAAGAGUUGUCCUUCUCAGUGUGUCUGCAAGAAGGAAGUAAUUCAUCCAUCCAGCAGGACAUCUCAGGGACAAAAAAUGUAACAUUAGCUCCUUAGUAUUUAUUGCUCUUCAUCCCAAGGAUACGUCCAUGCUAGUUUUCAUUUGUUUUCCUCAUAUCUAUAGCUAGAGGUCUGCUAACUUGAGUUGGAAAAAGAAAAGAUCAAUUUGCAUACCAGUCACAUCAUAAGAGAGUUUAUCAUAUAAAAUACCUCAAUUUUCUGUAUUCCUCAUUUUCACAUUACAGUCGUACUGAAGACGAAUUUUAAAGGUCUGUCCUGAGCCUAGAAACCCUGGUGGUGUAGUGGUAAAGGUUAGCAGUUCGAAUCCACCAGGUGCUCCUUGAAAACUCUAUGGAGCAGUCCUGCUGUGUCCUAUAGGGUCACUAUGAGUUGGAAUCGACUUGACAGCAAUGGGUUUUUCUUUUUCUUUUAAUCAUCCUUGGAAACUCUAUGGGGCAGUUCUACUCUGUCCUGUAGGGUUGCUAAGAGUCGGAAUUAACUUGACAGCAAUGGGUCUGGUUUUUGAUAUUGUUUAGCUUGAGCCCUGGUGGCACAGUGGUUAAAGUGCUUGGCUGCUAACCAAAAGGCCAGCAGUUGAAAUUCACCAGCCGUUCCAUGGGAGAAAAAUGUGGCAGUCUGCUUCUGUAAAGAUUACAGCCUUGGAAACUCUAUGGGGCAGCUCUACUUUGUCCUAUAGAGUCACUGAGUUGGCUCAAUGGGCACAGGUAUCUUUUAGCUUAUAGGUGAUUUUUUCAUAUCUGGCCAGAUUCUCACACUUCCAUUGCAUACUUGAAAAGGUUAAGAAUUUUAAGAACAGGAAAGAGAAUUUGGCCUAUUAUCACUACUCAUUUAUUUUUAUGUACAUUUUUUCACAUGCUUUUAAAUGCAACAAAAAUUAUAUUUUAAGAAAAUUAACUUUGCUACAUUCAAAAAGUUUCCUAAUAAAAAGUUGAUAUUCAGUAGAACAAUAUCAUGUAAAUAAAAAUCUAUUUCAAAUGUACCCAAUGUGAAAAAAAGUAUAAUCUAGGGCUCAGAACACGAACCAUGGAGGAUUUAUUUGUUCUUUUAUUUUUCCCUGAAUUGUGCAAAUAUGGGUGUCAUAUAACCUUUCUGUGCCUCAGUUUUUCUACCUCCAAAGGGGUGGGCUCUCCAUAUUGAUUGUUUUUAAAACAUUAGCACUUUUAACACUGUUCUGGUACCCUCCAAUGAAAGCACCAGGUUCAGAACAGCUCUGGAGCUGACGCGGUGCGGACUAGCUGGUCCACUAAGGAUCGUGCUCCAGAACGUGCAUUGUUGAGCAUUGAGGAAGCAAAUCAAGCACUGGAAAGUUUUAAUUUUUCCUUUUUUUGUUUUAAAAGGAAGGGUUUUAUAGAUUCUGUUCUAAGCUAUGGAAACUAAACAGGAACUUUUAGAAUCGACAUUGAAAGAUCAUAUUCUGACGGCGGGGUGAGCUUCUCUGGCCUGCUUAGGUUUGUAUUCUUCAGACCGCGUAACGACGUGUGAAAUGGAUCUAUUCUGCUGCAGUGAACGCUGCUGAACCUCCUGCUUUCGAGCAGGUUGACCCUGAUGAUAAACUGUUGGACAUCAGGUUAAUGCCAGGAGCUCCAAAACCACCAGUGCCAAAGGAUCACAUUGAAUUGAAACGUUCAAAGUAUUUGUCAGAAUGUAGUAAUUUGGUGCCCCGUCAGUGUUUUUGCAUUUUGGAAAAAUUAAAGGGUACUGCACAUUGAUUAAGAGCUUGGCUGCUAACCAAAACGUCAGCAGUUGGAAUCCACCAGCCACUCCUUGGAAACCCUAUGGGGCAGUUCUGCUCGGUUCUGUAGGGUUGCUAUGCGUCCGAAUCGACUCAACAGCUACGAGUUUGGUUUUCUUGGUUUUGUAUUUCAGUAGCAUUCCUGGGUUUUUGCCUUUUUAAAUGAUGACUUAUUUUCUUGGUAAAUGGAAUAUAAUCACGAAAGAGGAAGAAGAGUGAAAAUGUAAAAUGUUGAUUGGCUGCAUAAAAUUUUUUUCAUGUAAAUGUAUCGGGAGCUUCGUAUUAGCAUACACACAAUUUGUUAAUGGCUAAGACUUGCUUAUAUUUUGCUUUAUAGAAGUUGUCAUGGCAUGUUGCCUUAUGUAAUAACUGCCUUAUGUAAAUAAAAGGCUAUUACGUUUUCCAAUAAUAUUAAUCUGUAUGUGUUUUCAAAUAAAAUAACUUAGUUCUAGCUGAA